AGCUCAUACCAAAAUAAAAACUUAGUUGGUCUUUAAGGUGCUACUGAAGGAUUUUUUUUUAUUUUACUUCGAUCCAGACCAACACGGCUACCUACCUGUAACCAGAACUAUGGAAGGCACCACAUUGAGCCGCAUGAAAUGGAAGUCCAUCAACCUCACCAAGAAAAGGUAUCUGAAGAAGUGUGCAUGCACACGAAAGCUCAUACCAAAAUAAAAACUUAGUUGGUCUUUAAGGUGCUACUGAAGGAAUUUUUUUAUUUUACUUAAAAUAUAAAGGGAAUUGUACACUGUGUGCUAAUUAUCACCCAAUUAAGAGGAAAUAGCAGGUUACGAGAUUCUGGAGGAAGAUUAUUGAAAACGUCUGUGAAAUAGUUGAAAUUUGGAAGGGUCAUUAUGGUUUUAUGCUAGGCUGGAAUACAGCAGAUGCUACGUGUUGCUGUUUACACAAGUUAUAGAAGGAUUCAGAAAUACUAGUUGUAGUUAGGUAUGCUUUGUGCAUCUGGAAUUGAUAGUUGCUUAUGCAUAUGGAAACUAGUAUGGUUGAGUGUGCAAUGAGUGUGUAUUGAUUAGUAAUCCAACAGUUUGCAUUUUGAAUGUGAGGCUGAGGAAGAAGCAGGGUGAAAAAUGUGUGUAGCCAAAACUAGUCUAAAAUGGCUUUUGAAUGUUAAAAAUGCAGGGAUCAUUUAUUUUGAUGCCUGUAACAGGCUCCUAAACUUAGUUAAAUCUCCAUUCGGGGGAAAGCUACACCUGCUGAAUAUCGGCCUCUUGCUGCUCUGAAAAGCACAGGAGCCUGCUGUAUAGAACGUGUCCCCUGCAUAUGUGUGACCUGAGGCAUCAAUCUUUCUAUAUCAAUGCUUUCCAAAUAUUUUUGGCCAUGGACCAGUUGAAAAUUGCUGAGGGUCUUGCGGGACCACUUAAUGAUAUGUGAGUAUGCUUGGGAUUGUAGUUUUGCUAGGCACAACCCACCAUUAUGUCCACCUAUUGUUAAGUGCCGGCUCCCUGUUGUCAGCUGCCCUGCCCCUGCCCUGCACUCCCCAGUGGGUACCAGUUGGUGUUAGUGAGCUCCUUGUCACCAUGACAAUAUCUGGAGGGGACCGCUGGUGGGCCUACACCAGAUCUUAGCGCAGUGCCUUCUUGUUUACAGCAGUCAUUCAUAUGAUAAGUGAAAGUAUACAAAGAGAAUAUGACUAUUUCUAAUGUAUGCACUCAAGAUUAUUGGGACUUGCUAAUUAGUUUGAAUCUGUAACAAAGGAACAUUGACGAUGUUAGAGUGAAUAUUAAUAAGAACAGGGCUGAUAAUAUCCUGAAGGUGACUUCAUAAAUGUAUCUUCAGGAUGAGUUUAGAAUAGUUGAACAAUCUUGUUCAUGUCUACUCAGAAGUAAGCACCAUUGAAUUCAAUAGGAUUUUACUCCCAUCUAAAUGUGUAUAGGAUUUGCAACCUGAUUAUACAUUUCAGUGGUAGCUUCUGAAGAUGAUAUUAAUCUUUGAGGUGUCCAGAAUAAUACAAAAAAGAUAACAUUGAAUGAACUUAAAAAUUUUUGUUAGAAAAUGCCUAUAAAUCUGUAAUUUGGAUUUAUUAUGUUUGUUUCCUCCCUCCCAAAAGCCAGCAUUUGGAAAAAUGCCAUGCCAAUGUGAUGAAGAGGACUAGGAAUUGUAGCUGUUUGGCAUUUUCACAUUUGGCAGCAUGUUAAUUAUUGUGUUUUUAAUUUUGUACACGAAGAAAUACAUAACACUUGCUUACCUCAAAGGGAUAAUGUGAAGUUUUAUAAUGCUUGCAGAAUUCCCUGGAGUCCCUGAGUGAAAGCAGACAACCAGACUGUUGUUGUUAAUAAUAAAUAAAUAAAAGGAAAAGAUAGAAUAUGACAAGCAAUAAAAAUAUAUAUUCUCUUCCUCCUCUCCAGAUGAAAAAAGUGCAUUUAGCAAAAAAAUCAGUUCAAAGUUAGGUAGGCAUUUGCUUAUCAAUCACCACAUUUUUAUAUACCGUAAUUGAAGAAUUGCAUGAUACACACUAACCGUCCGCUUUUUUUCCACCAAAGAUCCCGUGUUACAUUUUAAGGCAUAACAGUGGAUCAAUAUUUUUAUAUAGCCUUAACAGUAAUAGGAAUUCCCUAUUGUGUAGCCAUAAAAACAAUACAUUUUUCUGUCUAUAAACCUUGCCUGUCUGUUUCCAGCAGUGUCAAAGCGCUAAUGCCUAGAGAUGAUGUGCUGGGGUAGUAAGUCAACAAGUUAAAAGUCCACCAAAGAGAUGUCAAGUGCUUGUAUGUGAAUUAUGGGUGCUGCAUGAAACAGUAGUUCUAUAAAAGGGCAGCCUGCUUCUUCAUUUGGGAGAAUGGGGUCUGUCCAUUCUUGUACCCUGCCCCGUAUUGCUUAGAUUGCAUCCGAAGUCUGUCUUCUUCUUUGAACCAGUAGCGAGUACAGUCAGUGCUUUUGUAUAUGAAAACAAAGUACUCUAUGCAAGUUGGGAAGCAUAUGAGAGUGACAAAGGUGGCAUGCACUGCCUGAGUUGGCCCUGUCUCUGUAAACUGUUAGAUGCCCCUACACAGUCUUCAGUUGUUCAUUCCCUGGCCUAUUCAUGCACACAGAGAAGCAGUAGGACCAGCCAGACCUCUAGCAUCAAAAGUAGGACAUUCGCGUGUUAUAAAACCUAUAUAAAAUGAAAACAAAAUAAAAACUUAAACAGUUCAUAUAGGUCAAUGGCAGUCAAAUGCAUUCCACCCACUGAAGGAGGCUAUGUUAUCUAAAGCACUAGAAGUUAAAGGCCAAAAGCCUGGCUGAAAACAACCAUCAUUUUUGCUUGGCGCCUAAAAGUAGCCAGUGAUUGUGCAUGUUGCGCCGCCUUGGGGAGAUCACUCCAUGGGCAGGGAGCCACCCCUGAAAAGCCCUUUUCUUGUGUUGCCACUAUCUGCACCUUCUUUGGAGAAGGGUCACAGAGAAGGGCAUCAGAUGAUGAAUACAGAGUCCUAUUGGUUCAUAUGGGGAAAGGUGUUUGCACUUUAGUAACUACAAUAUUUGACUUACUGAGGUCUUGAGCUGCAUAAGGCUUCAUGGGUCAAAACCAGCACUUUGAAUUGAGCCCGGAAAACCCCUUUCUCUCUCAAAAAAGGGCGUGCUUCAUUUAUGUGUAGCAUGUGUUGUGAGACAUCAUCAUCAUCAUCGUCGUCAAUAAAAAUAAUAAAAAUAAAAAUAAGCAGCAGCAACAUUUAAAAAAUAUUUUGUUUGUUUGUAUACAAUGCAGAUUUAUUCACUUCGAACUCAUAUGAUGUUGAUUUUCAGCCCUAAUAACAAUCCAGUGUUGCCUCAGCAUUGUCUUGGCUUUAUUGUUUCUAGCUCAAGAUCACCCUGGGGUGGGUAGAAGUUUGUAAAUUCCCAGGUAAGUUGCAAGUACUUUUUUUUUUAUUAAGCCCACAUUUAGUGACAGCUAAAUCCCUAAAAGUUGGCCUCAUUUCCUGAGCUCCCCAUGGCUUGAAAGUGCUGUGAGGCAGCAGUUGGCGAAUUUUGAUAAAUGUUUCAGGCAUGCCAGUGGACAUUAUUAGGUGUCGUCAGGCACCUGGCAAAAUAUUGUAAGGGCCUGCCGCGUGUCAGUGACGGUUGUAAAUAAGCAGAGAUGCAUGACAGGUUCUACAUUUAACGGCCAGAAAGCACACACCUUGGAUGUGCUAAUGCACAAGACAUGGCAGAGUGCUUUAGCACAUGGGGAUUUGUGCACAUCUUGACUGUCAAGCACACUUCCCGAAGUGGAUUUUUCAAGUGACUAUAAAAUGACUUCUCAGGAAGCUCUAUUUGUACAUUGAGGGAUGGUAAACAUGAUUCCCUCCAGCCAGCAUGGUCAGUGGUUGUAGGUCACAAUACCUGGAGGGACACCAAUUUGGCUAGCCAAGGAUGGUGGAUUUUGGGGGGAAGGAGUAGCGCUCUGGUCUCUGAGAUGGUUCCUUUAAGUAAAGAAUGGUGGUGUCACAAAGCCUCGACUCUCCACUCUUAAGAAUUGGGCUUCUAGCAAGUUAUUAAAUGACCAUUAUUAUUUUUUUGCACAUGUCUUUUUAGCUUUUGAGUUGGCUCCUUAAUGCCAUGAUUCCACCUAGUUACUGGGCCCUAAAGCAGCAUAUUUUUACUCAUGACCUAUGUAUAUCCUUUUGAGCCUUCAUCACGGUGUUUCUAUCUGAAUAGUGUUGGUGCAGGAUAGAAAGGAGAAAAAGGGUCAAUCAAGUCAUUUAUAUAUUUAAUGCAUGCACAGAGACACAUCUAGAUUUAUAGUAUAAAUAUAGAUUAACAGACUGGAUUAUACCCUUCCCCCUUUUUGAACUCCUCAAAGGGUUAGAUCCAGACUUUUGUUUUCUGCAAAUGAUGUGGCUCCUUCCAUCCAUGAAAUGUGUUUGAUCCAGGACUGGGAAAAGAGUGACUUUUACCAAUUUAUCUCCUCGCCCUCCCACAACCUGCCUCCUGUACUCCAAAAACCAGCUCUAAGAGUCUCCGAACCCUCCUAGGAGCAGAUUUUCAUAGACAAGCAGCAACCCCAGAAUGAAACUCUGCUCAGGGGAUGCUGCUGUUGGUCUUUUACUCAUAGAGUAAUCUAUGAAGAAACCCUUACUUUCAGUUUUCUCAGCAUAGGAAUCCUCCUUUGGGAUUUAAAACCUUACUGCUUUGCUGAAGCAUGCUAGUUGUCCAAUUAUUGUAAAAAAUGUUUUACACAGAAGGGUGAGAAGCAAAUGCAUAAAAUACAACACCUGAGUAACAAAAGUCAGUUUUCUGUAAAUCCAAUAUAUUUGUGAAACUUCCUGAAGCAGGCCUAGCUUCUCUGCAUUUCUUGAAAUAACACCUUGUACCCCUUGCACAAGGUGUGUACCCUUGUACAAUCUGUGUUUGCUUAAUUUUCUCUGAGGAAAUAUCAUUGACACAUUGAGGCCCAAUACGCUAUUUUCUGCUGGUUUGUCAUCACUGCAGAUAGAGCUUGUGAAGUACAUUGUGUAUGGAAAAUCGAAGGGAGUAAGAAAACGUUAAGUUUAUCAGUAGGCCUUGUUAUUGAGUAUUAAGCUUGUUAUAGUAGUCUUCACCCUUUGCAUCUGCUUUGUUUUAUCUUUAACUUGAAUAUUUAUUUUUUUAAAAAAAUGCAAAGGGUUUUAUUUAAAAAAACAAAACAAAGUGUCUGUUCUGCCAAAUCUUAUCUGUGCCUUGAUAACUUCCUUAAUCUUCCAUUGUGUAAAAGGUUUGCAUCCACAUCUGGGCAUUUUCGCACAUUUCAGAAUUGUUUGCCCUGGAAUGAACUUGGAUGGACUGUAGGGGCUGAUUCUUUUGAAAGCAGAAAACAUGGGGAUCCUGGGCAACUUUGGAAACAUAUAGGAGAAUGAGUGUUUUGCUGAUUGAAGCUUUUUAUGGAGGUUCACACAGGCAGCUAGUGGAUCUCCUACAAGAAGAAAUAGAAGACUGUGUCCUAUUUACUCUCCCUGCAAAGAAAUGGCAUUGGAGAGCAAGGACUGCAGCACUCUACUUCAUGCAAACUGUGCCAGCCAGCAUGGACUACAGGAUCCUCUUUGCAAGCUCAGUGCUUAACCUGACUGAACUCGUUGCCCUUCGGCCUGACCUUGGCAAAUUGAAAAAGGUCCUUUACUUCCAUGAGAACCAAUUGACAUAUCCUGUCCAGAAAUGUCAGGAAAGAGACUUCCAAUAUGGGUACAACCAGAUUCUUUCAUGUUUGGUUGCUGACGUGGUGGUGUUCAACUCUGCUUAUAAUAUGGAGUCAUUUCUAACAUCUAUAGGGAAGUUUAUGAAGCUGAUGCCUGACCAUAGGCCUAAGCAUCUGGAAGAGUUAAUUAGACCAAAAUGCCAAGUCCUUUAUUUUCCAGUGAUGUUCCCUGAUGUGAGCAGGUUUAUGCCAGAACACAAACUGGCCCAUAUUGAGAAGAUGUGUGGUGCUAAAGGAGAUGGAGGUGCCUGUCUGCCUUUCCAAGAAAAGAAUGGUGGAAUAAACAUCAGCGCCUCUGACGUUAGUCCCAGACAUAGUGAACCACAGUCUGGACUUCAUUCCCUGGGACCAGAGGGGCUGCCCAACCAACUACUGACACUAGAAGAUCUGGACAAGCCUACAUCUUUGAAAAGUACAACCCCUUGUCAAGAGGAAGAUAGCCAACAUGCAACUGAUAACCUGUGCAGCGUCUCAGCUAGUUUGGACCAUCUGGAGAAACCUUUGCACAUUGUUUGGCCACACAGGUGGGAACACGAUAAGGAUCCCGAAAGUUUCUUUCAAGUGCUGCUGAAAAUGAAAGCGAUGGGCCUCAGUUUUCAUGUUUCUGUCCUUGGAGAGACCUUCACCGAUGUUCCAGACAUAUUUUCAAAGGCCAAAAAGGCACUGGGAUCAUCUGUCUUACACUGGGGCUACUUACCUAGCAAAGAUGAGUACUUCCAAGCUCUGUGCAUGGCUGAUGUUGUCAUCUCCACAGCUAAACAUGAAUUCUUUGGCGUGGCAAUGAUAGAAGCUGUGUACUGUGGCUGCUAUCCACUCUGUCCCAAAGCUUUGGUCUAUCCAGAAAUAUUUCCAGCUGAAUAUCUGUAUUCUACACCUGAACAGCUUUUUAAAAGGCUUCAGAAUUUAUGCAAGAGACCAGACAUUGUAAGGAAACAUCUCUAUAAGGUAUUUAUUCUGAAUAGGUAUUCCAAGGUAUUGUUCUGUGUUGAAGAGUAUAGACCAAAAAGAAGAAGAAGAAGAAGAUGCCCCCCCUUCCUUCUAAAAAGGAGAGAAAACCAGAAAACAUUUAAUUAACAUCCUAAUGUUUAAAGGAAACAUGCUAGGGAGGGAUAUUAGUUGUUACACUAACAAGGAUUAAUUACACUAGAUGCCAGUUGUAUUAACCUAGGGUCUUAUGAAAUACGUGCGCUUAAUGCAUGCUACAUGCUUUUUUUAAUUUAUUGUUUUCUAAAAUGACUGUCCUCCAUGUUUGAACCCAAGAGGCUUAGAAAAAUGAACCUGGAUUAAUUUAAUUCAUUAGUAUAAAAGGAAAGUGGAAGAGGGAUCCUACAAUUAUACUAAUGAGGAUAAGCUUACCUCCCUAUCUUAAUUUAAUCUCCCCUGGUGUGUUCAGGUGACUGACCAGGUGAGUACCACAUCUCUUCUCCCUCUGUUUUAAGGCUGUUUUGCUACAUUUCAAAGAGAACCCUUUACAACACCAGUAGGCAAAGAAGAGAAUCACAUGACACGGUUGCUGCUCCAAAGAACAGCUACCCGAAUCCCCACUUUUUUUCUCUCUCCUGGAAACAUCUAGCAAGGCCAAAUGCAUUGCGCAAGAUGUCCUAGCAUUCUGAGUUUUCCCACUCCCCAAAAUGAUAGCCAGUGAAGGGUAACAAGAGCAGGAAUGCUCAUCAUGCAAUUUGUGACAGGCCACAUGUUUCAGGUUGCCAGGUUUUGGGGUGUGGGGUGUGAGGAGAAAAUCAGAAGAGGUGUGGAUUGUGCAAAAAGGUGUAGGCUUACUUAGGGAACAGCCCAGGCUCAGUGGUGGAGUCCUGGUUCACAGGUGCUGCCAGUCAGUGUAGGCCACAUUGAACUAGAUGACCAUUUGGUCGGUAUAGGGCAGCUUACUAUGUUCCUCCAAAGUGAAGAGGUGUGCUGGAAUUCAGUGUGGUGCUAAGUGGGGUGUGUUUGCGGGGAAUGAGGUUCACUUAUGCCAUGGGACUUCCCCCCUCUUUCCCCCAACCUCCCAGAGCAGAUUUAGGGGAGUUAAGGAGGAUGAAAUGGGGGAACAAGUUCUUUCGUGCAAGUGGUCCUCGUUCCAUUCGCAACAACUUAGUUGAAUCCUGCCUUGUUGGGAUCUGUUAUUAUUGGGGUUCCCAACCCUGAAAUAUUCUUAUGGCCUCUUAUUUUGUGGACCUUAUGAACUUCACAAACUUUGCUUUGCGUUGACUCAUUUAAUUUUCGACCUCAGCUGCUUCAACCUGUGAUUUUGUUACUCUCAUGUUUUUUGUUUCAGUUGCCUUUGAAAACUGGGCAGAGGUGGCUGGAAUUCCACAAUUGUUUUGCGUUGGUAUGGGGGGGGGAGGAGUCAUUGCAUUGACUCCUUGUGCCUGGAUUAUGUCUCAGAAGUGUUUGAGCGUAAUUUGGGGUGCCAGUCUUAAUGUCUAAAUUUCAGAAAGGCCUGAGUCCUGUAGGGGCUGCUUCCUUCCCCACGUCCAAUCACAAUUCUUAAUAUAGCCCUUUCUUAAUAGUGGUGGCCAACUUUGAAUGACAAGGCCAUGUAAAGCAGCAUUCUUGGCAGCUGCACCGCAGAUGAGAAAUCUCAUUCUCCAAAGUCUGCUGAAACCUGAGCAUCUGCUGAGUGCAAUAUAAGGGCUUUUUAGUGUUGCUGUUUGGUAGGUUGAUGUUAACCAACUGGAGAGAGCAUCUGAAUUUUCAUCAGCCUCCAUGUCAAUAUUUUCUACUAAUUCCAUGCUUUUAAGUGGAAGCUGUUGCCUGGCUUCAGCCUUUGAAAGGGGUGGAAAUGAAUUUCAGCAAAUACAGAUGCAGCUCACAGUGAGGUUCUCUUCCACAUGCUUCAUUAUUCUACGUGGAUACUGUGCAUGGUAUUGGUCUAAUGAGGCUGUCAUUCAUUUGGAAGGAGCCUGCAUUGGAAAACUUCCCUGUGGCUCAUGCCUUCCUACCGGUAUGUGCUUGCAAAGGUCCCAUUCAUUUCAGUGGGGUGUGGGCAGGAGAACUUCCCAGUGGCUUUCACAGCUUCCACUCGUGCAGGAGAAUGUCAUGGCACAAUAUACCCUGAAAAAGCAGGUGGCACCCUCAUUCUGGGAUGCCCAUAUCAAGUAACUGAUACUGGUAACAAUGCUAAUAAAUGCAUUCCUGACAAUACAACUGGAGGCGCAUUCCCAAAUUAUGUUGUCCGGGAUAAGGGAGUGAUAUAAUGCCUGCUCCCUACCCCAGAAGUAUCCCUUUCUACGUUUUCUGUACUUCCUUUCCCAGUGCAGCAAAUCUGUGCAAGAGAACUAGGUAACUCCAUUCUCUCCAUGUGCAAUUUUAUCUUGUGACCUAAAAGUGGACAUUUACAUAAGGACAGACCGAAAGAAAAUGUUGCUUCUGCAGGAAAUGGUUAAACUUCAAGAAAAAAGAGGAGAGAACCAAAAAUGCAAUUUAACACCCAAUUUCAAGCUCAUUAUCUUUCAUUGUCUAUUAACUUGGCAAUGGUUCAGAAGGUAGCUCAUAAUAGUUUAAAAUGCUGACUGAACACUUCCAGUGCUCAACAUUACUUCUUGAGUCAAUACUAUUGCAUAGCUACACACGGAGGCUUCAAAGAGAGAAAAACAAUCCUUAAAUUUUUACCUUGACAUUCGCUCUUUCUUCGAGUUCAGCUAAAUAGUUUUUGCUGCCAUGCAAGGGCUUGCCCUUUUGUCGUUGCUGUGGUUCUGCGGCUUUGGUGUGCAAGAGAGACUGUGUGUGUGUUAAAAUGCAACAUGGGCAGGACCAAUGUAGAUGCUUGAAAGGGAGUAGGAUUUCCAAAAUGUAGCUCAGGAGUACAAGAUGUGCGUUAUACAAGCCCUGCUCAGUAAAAUGCUUCAUUUGCUUCAAGUGUCUCCUUUGGAGAAUGUACUCCUUGCUGAAUUAUUUAUAAGUAGAGUUGCCGCCACAGACAUGGAGUAGUUUAUCACAUCACUUUGGGCAGCAUGUUAAUAACUCCAGCUGAAUGCAAGUUUUAAUUGCUCAUUGUGCAGUGGCAGCGGCGAAUGGUGCUGGAUAGGGCAAGGAGAAUACUGUCAGAAGGGUCAACUUUAACCCCUGACUAAGAGCUUAGCUAUGGGAAAGAAAUGUACUCACUUCUUGAACUCUGUUAAUGCGAGAUCAUACAGUAGAAGGCGUAUAGAUUUGUUCCUUGUGUUCUUUGCCAUUCCGGUGUCUUUUAUCAUACCUAAGGCUACCAAUUGUUUGCCUCAUUCUUGGUCAUUUUUUAAAAGUAAACAGGAAAUGAAACUAUGGUGGGACUACGAAGGUAAAGUUGUCCCCAUGCAGAUAUUUUUGUUUAUCCGUUAGCUUGUUUUACAGCGUUAAUUGUGUAAAAUUAGGUGCACCUGAAUAAACACACAAGAACCCUCUUCAGGCGUUACAAUUAAAAGUGUGCCCCACUGCUGUUCUUAUCACCCACUGCAAGUUGGAAGGCAACCUUCUGGAGUGGACAGUCUCCUAUACAGUCGUACCUUGGUUCUCAAACGGAAUCUGUUCUGGAAGUCCAUUCGACUUCCAAAACGAUCAGAAACCAAGGCACGGCUCCCUGCAACCAAUCGGAAGCCGCGGAAGCUGUGUCAGACGUCCGGUUUGCAAACCAGAACAUUCACUUCCGGGUUUGCAGCGUUCGGGAGCCAAAACGUCCGAGAACUAAUUUGUUCGAAAACCAAGGUGCGGCGGUAUUUGUGCAUUUUAGCAUCUUAAUUUUUCAGGAUUCUAAAAUAUGCAGAGCAUCUCAUAGAAGAGCAUCUCAUGUGGUUGUUAAAUUUCCGACUGCAACCUCUGAAGCAGGCUAAGGUGCCUUUGCAUUCCGUAAACAGCCAGAAUCCCAAAUGGUUAGAUUUAAAGAAGUGUGACUGGAACUCUGCUUGAGCAGUGUGGGUUUUUCUGUCUCUUCCUCCACUGCACACACACACACACACACACACACACACACCGGCCUCCUGAGAUUGGGGAGACCCUCAGAAAUAGCAUAGGAUAGGGAAACUGGCAGAAUUGCAAGGGAGGGCUGCCUUGCAUAAGCAGAAGUGAUCUCCUGUUUGUGUGAAACAAGCCGUAUAUCAUAAUAAUGUUAUGAGUUUUGGAGGGAUUGGGAAGAAUGCCUAAGGCCCCUUCGAAUUCUUGGAAUAGCCAGGCUAACUUUGUGGUGAGGCGAUAGAUGUGAUGGGCCAUUAAGGGGAACAAAGGAAGGGGGCUCUGUGUGAGAUGGUAAAUGGGUGGGCCCUCUCCCUCAACUCACAAGUACGUAGUUAGAAGGACAAAGGCAGAAUUGAGAACAGAGAUGUCAGCAAGAAGCUAGAAGUAGAAAAGCGACAGACUGGGAAGCCAGAUAGUCAGAGUGAUGUUUGAGGUCUACUUGAAUCCAAGGCUGCAGCUACAGCUCCCAUCAUCCCUGACAAUUGGCCAAGCUGGCUGAGGCUACUGGGAGAUGGAGUCCCACGACAUCUGGAGGCCCACAGGUUCCCCAUCCCUGCCCUCUAUCGCCCCCACCCAUCCAAAUUUCACUGUUCUAUUCCCAGGGAUGUAACUUCCCUCCUGUACAACUGUCCCAGAGUUAUCGUAUAUAUCCUGUUUUUCUUUUUGCUUCUGUUUUUAGACAGCAGGAAGAAAGAACGCCUAUUUUUUUUGUGUUGACUAAGGUGAACAAAGUAAGAAAUACUCUUGUUUGCUCUUCAAGUACUGCAGUUAUAUUUUACCCUGCCGAUAUAAAGUGGGCAGAAUCGUUCCAAAUCUCUCUCCACUCACCUGCUCCGACCCACUCUUACACACCCAUUUCUUGACCAAUCCUUUCUCAUACACAUAUAAUACACCCACAUAUUCCCCCCUGCAGUCUAACAUCCUUGCCACACACUAAUCAUCUUCAAAUGGCCAGAUCUCUCAGGUGUUGCUCUUUGGCCUUGUCUCCAGGGUCAUAGUUCAGUCUUCAGGGGUUGCAUCUGAUGAAGUCAUACUUAAAGUAGACCCAUUUAAAUCAAUAGACUCGGCUUAGCCGUGGGUAACAAAGUCCCUUGAUUUCUGUGGGUCUGCUCAGCAUGACUUAGUUGAAUACAACCCCAGGUAUUCUGCUAAUUUGCUCGCCAUAAUUUGAAUUAUAAGUAAAAACUGGGGGAGGGGGGGUAUUUGAAUCACAGUACAAAGUGCCCCUCGCUUGGCCAGGUCCCAAAACAUCGCCCUGCAGUUUGAGGACACCUUGUUUCUUCUUGUUCUUAAAAGUGCACACACACACACACACACACCAAAACAAAACAAAACACUUUUUCACAGUGAUUAGUCAUUUAGAGAUCAAAAUGGAGCAACAUUCUGGUAAACAAAACCUGAAUAUUAAAUAAGAGUGUUUCAUUCUUUUAUACUCCUUGGUCAUCGGGGGGGGGGGACUGGUGUUCUUUCUUGCUGCUGUUUUAAAACGAAACAAAAGCAGCAACAGGACAUAUAAAAUAUGAAUUUUCGUUGCCUUCUCUCUGUGUGCGCGCUUUUGCUGCAAGCUUAUUAAUAAUAUAAUCUAAAACAGUCAAAUGCAUUACUGCAUUAGUUUGUCAAUUAUAUGCAGUGUCUGUGCCAACUUACAAAGUUAGAGGCGAAAAGGGAGGCAGAAUUAUGCUUGCUACAAAAAGGCAAUCAACUUAAGCAAUAAGGCACAAAAGCGUGUAGGGUGGGUAAGCCUUAGGUGCAUUGUUCGCUACAAAGUGAAGCCAAGUAUUACUGGAUGUUGAUGUCUAUCAGAACACAGAGCUCCGAGCAUGUUGUGCAUGAUUUAGUGGCAGUAAAAUCCAAAAGCAACACCCUUUCCCCUAGAAGCACACAUGUGCAUAACCUCUGCUCUCUAAAUCCAACAAAAUAGGUAAAAUGACACCUUUUAUUGGAUUCACUUCUGUUGGCAAAAGGCUAUGCAAACUUUCUCUUGUGAACAUUUCAGUGUAUGACUCAAAAUGAGCACAAUGAAAGUUUGCCUUUUCCGUGGCAGGGUUUUGUUGUGUUUUUAAAAUAGCAUUGAAUAUAAUUUGGGAUAUGGUUUCCCUAGGAUACCACAAAAGCAGAGAAACAAAAUGGUAAUUGUAAGAGCUAAAUUCACUACUGUAAAACUAAAUCCUUAAGCUCCUAUCUCCAUGAUAGGUAGCCUGUGUGUGUGUGUGUGUGUGUGUGUGUGUGUGUGUGUGUAUCCCCCAAAGUUUUCAAGUUCAGUUCAAGUGGAUUAAAUAAAUUCAAUUAUUUGAUCUAACACAUCAGUCUUCAUCAGAUCUUUUCUUAACCAUGGCUUUGGGUUAAUCAUAGCAUCCUUCUUAAUGUUGCAUUUCAUUGCCUGCUUUUGCUGAAAGUUUCUUGGAGUUCAUUACUGCAUUUGCAUGGACAGGUUUUCUGGGCUUGGAUGAACUCAUCCAAAACAUCUCAAGUCCCCUAAGUAUGACUUUGAGAUGAAUGUACAUCACCUCUGUGCUCUGUGCUGUUGUUUCCCAACCUCACAACAUACCUUAUUUCCUAGAGCCCAUGCUUUAUAUUCCGUGCUUCAGUAUGACAUGGUAAAGAAGCAUCUAAGGAUAAAUACCCGGAAAUCAGAUAUGCUUAUUAUAGUCUGAUAUGGGAUCUCCUGGACACACAUUCAAAUGAUUAUUUUUUCUGCAUCUAAGUUUUGGCAUGCCCUGAUAAAUAUCUUGCACCUGUCCUUCAUACACUUCUUAAUGAUCUUCUACCAAAUGUGGCAUUUGAGUAAUUGAAGUAGCAGGUUGAAGACUUUAUCAUUUCCCCACUUCCCAUACAUUUAUUGAUAGAAAGACUACAUAAUCCUUAUGUGGGCCAGCAGAGGUGAGAGAAUGAGAAAAGGACACAGCAUGUUUCCUUGAGAGCAUAAUAGGACAGAUAUCCUCUUUCUCACAGUUCUGUUAGACCAGAUAGUAUGUUGAGGGUGGUGCUGAAGUGGGAAAUGGUAAAGCCUUCACGCUCCUUUAGCCCCUAGAGAAAGCAGGUUGAAGGCACCACCUUCAAUGUGGGUUCCUCUGAAAUUCUUCAGAAGAAAACUUUGUUCUGCAGUUAGCAGAUCUGGAAUGUCAGACAAAUAUCCUUGAGAGACAGCUUGUCGAUCCCUCUUGGCAGUAUGCUGCUAUGGGGGAGACCUUUGGAGGCAAUCUGGAACACAUGCUCAGCUUAUGUGGAGCAAGUGGGAGACCCACCUGGCUUCACAUCUCCAAUGUCUAGACAGAUUGUGCAUCCUGGAACUUGUCCAGGAAACCACAACGCCAGUGCACAGAAGAUUGUGAUAGCUGUGCAGAUUCUUUGGCAGAGAAACUGGUAUGGCAAGCUUUACCUGGGGGAUAUGACGUCUGUUGCUGGUGGGAUUUAUUCAAGUUCAUGGUGUAAUAGGUGAACAAUAUAUGGUGAUUUCUGCUUAUAAUAAUUAGUAGCUGCCCUGUGCCCAGCAUUGCUUGGGAAUUCUAAGAAACCCCCAAAUCAGCGCAGCUUUGAAAGGUCAGUCUGCCAUCUUGAUUCAAAAUGACAUCCAGUUGCAUUCAAACAUAGACAGAAACCUCAGGAAUAAUCAUGCAAAAUUUGGUUUAAAUCAGUGCAUUAAAAACAACAACUGUAGUCCACCAUCUUGAUUCAAAAUGACAACCAAUAUGAUCCAGACUUAGGCAAAAACCUGUUCCUUUAUCUCAGGAACCAUCAUGCAAAAUUGGGUUACAAUACCUUAAGGGAGGUCAGAGUUCAUAGAGAACAGAUGAGCCACUUUCUUAAACAUAAAGUAGAUUUGUUAAUUAAUAUCCCACCUUUCUUCCAUCAUGGCAAUGUCCUUAGGGUUUCCAAGCAGUCUCCCAUUCAGGCCCUCACCAGGCCCAGACCUGUGUCACACCCUUCUGGCCUUGGAAAAAUGUGAGUCUGAAAGAGAUAACAAGAAAAGUGUAGCCCAGUAUAGUGGCACCUGCACUUAUUAAGGCGCAUUGCAAAUAAUCAUAGUAAGUAGGUACCCCAGCCGUCAAAACACAUGCACCCUUCACCCUUUGUGCCCUUGUUUUUCAGUUGCAGCUGCAGAGGGAAAACCAGCAACAUAGCUUUAUCUCACCUGGCCCACUGGUUGCUCCUUCUGUUCUUCCUCCCCGCCCCCUUCCCCAAGAAGAAGAAGCAAUUCAUAGUCUAGAAAACCCCAGCCUAAAUAAAUAUUUUGUGGAAGGAAACCAAUGCAAGGAGGCAGAGCAGCCCAACCACAUGCUCAGAGUAGGAUGUAUGAGGCCAAAAUCUAGAAUGAGAUGGAUGAAUCCUCAAGGGCUGGUAGAAGAGACUGAGUGUGGAAGGGGAGCAGGCGCCAAAUGAUGAUCUACAAAAUUUUCUAUGAGGAUUCAGAUUGUUUGGGUGUGCAGUCUUGGGAUUGCUUUCCAUCAGGUUAGUUUUAAUUCCCUUGUGUGCUGCUUAUUCUUGUUUUCCUCCAUAAGCCACCUUAACAACCGUCCGGGGGAAAAGCAGGGUAUAAAUAAAAUAUAUAAUGAAUAAUAAUAUUCCAGCUCACAGGGACCAAUAUGAAAAGGAAAGUCUGGUUGGAGCAUAAAGUUACGCGAAAGGUGCAGUCGGGAGCAGGGCCUCCUUACAGAGUGACAAAACCUUCAGUUAUAAAAGCAAGGACAUCUUACUUUCUAUUGCAAAACUAUAUUGGGAAUACAAGCUUCCAGCAUUCUUUAGGGAGGGAAUUAAAACUGGCUGAUGAGUUGGAAAUGUUUGAGAAAGGGCAUCUGAGCGCAUAGGGAAAUAGGCGAAGAGCCGAGUCUUUUGAGCCCAUGGAACAUGGCAGGAUGGGGAGGAAGAAAUAAAACAGUUUUUACAAGGGAUGAUCGUUUAAUUUUACAAAAGGGAUGCUGACAGUAGAUUGCAAAAGUCACUGGUGACCUCUUUCCUACUGUUUAAUUCAGCCGAUCUGUGGCAAGCAUGCUUUCCCCCCGCCCCCGCCCCAAAGAAGGAUGGCUUUGUUGCCAGACUCUUCCUCCCAAAUGGGAGUACUCAGUUGUGCAACGGAAUAGGCAGAGGGUGAAAGUACGACCUCUCCGCAUACAAUGAAAAUUUCACCAUGGGUCAUAUUUGUGCUGUAAUAUAUCACAAAGAGCAGGUGAUGAUAUUAAAGCAAUCUCCCACUUCCCACUAUUUCCCUUGCAUCUUAGCACUUGAAUUUUCACUGCCCUGUCGGUAAGUGGUUACUGCUUCCUAAUGCUUAUACAAACUGCCUGGCUUUGUUGCUCAUGUUAAAUAGUCUUUCAGUUUUCUCACUGGUCAGUCAUAGAAUCAUAGAAUGAUAGAGUUGGAAGAGACCACAAGGGCCAUCCAGUCCAACCCCCUGCCAAGCAGGAAUGGCCGUCAAGCCUCCGCUUAAAGACCUCCAAAAAAGGAGACUCCACCACACUCCUUGGCAGCAAAUUCCACUGCCGCACGGCUCUUACUGUCAGGAAGUUCUUCCUAAUGUCACAACUCGCCAGUGGGCUGUGCAUCAGUUUUAAAAAGGAAAGGAAAACUGCAUUUAAGUCGCCUUUCGGUUAUAUUCCUAAGACCCCAUGGGGCAGUGCUUGCUCAUUUGCCCAGAAGGAGGUGAGGUAGUGUUUAAGAUCACAUGUGGGUAUGGUUUGGAGGAGCGUAAAGUAAAUCCCUCCUGCAUGUAAAUAUAGCAAAGGAAACAGGAUAAGCAUGCAUAAAUCCAUAGGAUAUACUGUAGCUUAUGGCAAAUAUUCAUGUUUGACCCAAGGCCAAACUGGUGACAUUGGGGGGGGGGCAAACUGGCAUUCCCAGGCCCCCUGUUCGCUUACCUUGUUGCCAGCCUGGGCCUGCAUAAGUCUUUCAUGGAGAGCAGUGCUGCUACACACGAGGCCAAAAAAUGAGGUCCUUUCUUAAGAGUGAGGCCUUAUGGGCAGAGUGGUUACCUAAGUUUUAAGAUGCCACAGCAAAGUGUCACAGGCAUUCUCACCAGAAUGUUUUGCUCUAAGGCAGGGGUCAGCAAACUUUUUCAGCAGGGGACCGUUGCACUGUCCCUCAGACCUUGUGGGGGGGCUGGACUAUAUAUAUUUUUUUUGGAGGGGGGAAAUAUGAACGAAUUCCUAUGCCCCACAAAUAACCCAGAGAUGCAUUGUAAAUAAAAGCACACAUUCUACUCAUGUAAAAACACACUGGUUCCCGGACCAUCCGCAGACUGGAUUGAGAAGGCGAUUGGGCCAUUUCUAGCCCCUGGGCCUUAGUUUGCCUACCCAUGCUCUAAAGAAUGUCCAACCUCAACCUGCAACUUCUUCAGAGCAAGGAGGAGAGAUAGGCAGCACUGCUGACGUAGCAGCAAAAAUUGUAUGCAGGAGGGAGGGAGGCGAGUGAAGUGAGGCUGUAUGGCGGCAAAGAGCAGCAGCCAGCAGGAGGAGAUGAAGGGGUGAUGACAACCUGGAGAGAAAAGACGAGUAAGGGGCACCAGUGCAGACUCUUGAUCAAGCUUGGUUUAGCCCAGGCACCCUCAAACUUCGGCCCUCCAGAUGUUUUGGACUACAGUUCCCAUCAUCCCUCACCACUGGUCCUGUUAGCUAGGGAUCAUGGGAGUUGUAGGCCAAAAAAUCUGGAGGGCCGCAGUUUGGGGAUGCCUGGUUUAGCCCUACCUUAGUUACUUGGGUUUCAGGGACACAUGGCAGGCAGCUUAAUGGUUCCUGCUAAUAGAUUGAGGUGGAGCCAAGUGUGCAGUGCCCUGGGACUCCAAAAUGGUGCUGGCACCUCUACUCCCAACAUCAUAAUGCCAACUCCUGCCAACCUAGCAGUUCGAAAGCACGUCAAAGUGCAAGUAGAUAAAUAGGUACUGUCACAGUGGGAAGGUAAAUGGCAUUUCCGUGUGCUGCUCUGGUUCGCCAGAAGCGGCUUUGUCAUGCUGGCCACAUGACCUGGAAGCUAUACGCCGGCUCCCUCGGCCAAUAAUGCGAGACGAGCGCCGCAACCCCAGAGUCGGUCACGACUGGACCUAAUGGUCAGGGGUCCCUUUACCUUUAGCUUUUUAGGCAUGGGACCAAGUGAGAUUUGCUCCAUGGCAAGAGCAAGGGAGGGUGGGGGGGUUAAAUCUUCCUUACUUGUGCCAUUUUUCCUACUUAACAACUCCCUUAAAAAAAAGCUGCUAUAAGCUGUGAAAUGGGUACCCAUUUGUCUCCCGUCUGCAUCUAAUAGCAGCUUAAGAGGGGGUAAUUUAAAUUGUGGUAGAAGCAGAAAGGGGUAAACCACACUGUGGGCCUCUAAUCCAUAUUGAUUUCCCUUGCCCCACCUUCCCUGCAGCUGCUUUUUGGCAAAGGGAUGUCAGGAAUUCUGAUCACGGAACUCCCACAUUGCAUCCUGAUUGGUCCUUGGCCUGCCUAUCAUAAUGGGUGCUUGCCUAGCAGUGGGUGAGCCACCAAAUUGAUUUAUAUGGAUCAGCAGUUCCCAGAUCAGCAGGCUCAUGACAUGUAGCACAGUGGACCAAGGUAUGGUUGCUGCCAAAUCUUUUUUUUUUUUUAGGAAGAUUGGGGAGCUUGUUUUGGCACAGUAGUAAGGUACUGUAAUGUCUGCUUUUUCCUAUUGAGCUGUCACAUCCUAUAAUGGAAUAAAACAUCUGGCAUUCCUAAGGUGAGGUUAUUUCGGAACAGUGAAUGAAACCGAUAGGGUAGGCUGAGAACACAAACAAAAUUCUUCUUUAAGAGUUUUGUUUUUUAAAUGGGAAUGAUCAAUGCAGUUCAUUGAACAAACAUCAGUAACACAUCACUUCUCCAACCCUGGAGUCAGAUGCAAACCUUCACUUGUGGUGGUGGUGGGUGGGGUGGGGGUGGAAUGUGUCUUUCUGAGUAUCUGGCCCCAUUUUAGCCUGCCCGUAAUUAUUUAAUGGUGCACGUUUCAAGAAGGUCCAAAUGAAGUUGUGCUAAAAACCUCAUGACAGUGUCAUAUUUUAGAGCAAAAUGUUUGCAUAUGUCCUGCUGUUCAACUUGAGCAAUGCUUUGCCUGUGGCUGCAAGCCUGGAGGACUGGGAAUCUUUUGCAGAGAG